AUGGCUGUCCCUGAUAGGCAUUGUCCAUCAGCAGAGGCGACAUUCUACCUGGUCAAUCAUGUCGCGCUCCCGCCGCAACUACCUCAAGCUGAUGACUUCCAUGCUGGACACGAGCGCUGCCUACUGAAGACAACACUUAUCGCACUGCAAGCUCUCAAACCUUUAGUCACGGCUGAACACAGCAUCACACUGAAGCACGCCAUUGAAACGAUCAAGAAUCUCCAGCAAAGUCAGGACAGGUUCGGAAACACUAGCGAGGCUGAGCUGGUGAAGCUAUUUGAUCAGCUUGCCCAUGGUAAGAAUGAAGGGUCUAUACCUCUUGAGAUCAAGGCGCAGAACGCAGGUAUCCUUAUCAGCUCUGAUGGGAACGACAUCACAUUCGAGUUCUUCGAACUCUCUCCAAACAACAAGAGUUCCAUGUCUAAGGGCAGACUUGUCCGUACCUUUCCGGGAUUUGCGGCAAGCAUUCCCACAGCCAAAUUGCAGGAGAGGAGCCUGCAAGAUGUGCUUGCCGGAACUCUGGCAAAAAUGAGUACUCAAGCCGCUCCAGGCUUCCAGCCUGUAGCUCGCAAGGCUGGUCAGGACCACGAUGAAGACCGCGACACAACACACCCCGGCAUGGUGACUGACUAUCUCUUGAACAUUGUCGCAGCCCUCGGUAAGACAAUUACAGUCACUCGCAUCACCAAACACACCCGCGAGGAAACACUGUGGGAUCACUGCAAGCAGCCUUGGCGACGCUCUCCAAUGUGGCUUCUGAUUCGAGUCACCCUUCAGCUGCUCUUCUCGAGGCAAGGUCCCACCCCAUUCACUGGUUUGUACAAAGUUUUCGUGGUGCAACUUUUGUCAUCGGCUCUUGAAUACUCCCAGAAACAUUGGCACUUGUCAGGCAGCGGCCCCCUGCAUGCACUCAAUGCCAAGAUGCUCCGUCGAUUACGCAAGCUGGAGGCUCUGUCGCAGCUUCAUUGUGUCAUUCCAUCCUGGAUUGAUCGCAUGCAAACAUGCAUGACUGACGCAUUCAAGUGCAUGGACAGGAAUUGGAAAGCAGAGGUUCAGGCCAGUGGCGCGAACCUUACGACAUCCAGUCUCAAGUCUCUAAGACCCGAAAACGCGCUUGAUAUGGCGCUACCCGAGCUUGAGCUGUUCCUGGCGGCUAUCAAGGCUAGAAAGACUGCUACUGUAGACUGCAAGUUUGAGCCAGGCCCCGCAUUCCCGAUGUUUGCCGCGGGCAGGGUACCUCAAAACUUCACCGCAACUGGUGAUCAUUGGUUCUUUCGUCUGGCUGCGGCGGAAAGCUGGGUUGAGAACCAUCUACAGCCCUGGAUUGAGUCGUACCGCAACGAUGAAAAAGCCUGCCGGCAACUUUACUACCUGAUGACAACAUACUACAAAAGCGCCAGUCAUGCUUAUAAAGGACUUCCUUGCAGCAUCUCACUCAUGUAUUUGACGAUUCUGGAAAUAUGGGUUGCCUGUGACAAAUCCGCAUGCAGCCUGUUUCCACUUCUUACCACGUACGAUCCCGAAGUGCGUUUGAUCGAAUUUCAAUGCUUGUCACUACCUCUCCGAAGCCAGAUGCAGCGGCUACAGACGGUAGAGGCCUAUGUUCAAGCACGAAAGCGGUCAGCCACCAACAAAACGUCGCUUUAUCGUGGAUUUGGCGUCGAUUCGUCCUUUGGCGUCCAGUACUUUAGUCAAUGCUCUCAGCUUCAGAGUAUUCUGCAAAAGAUCGAGCAGAAGGCCUCGGAGAAGCGUCAAGAGAAAUGCGAAGAGCUGGCUCGAUUAAAGGCUAGGUAUAAGACCCUCAUGGAUCAAUACAGCAAGGACGAGUGCGAUUAUGUCCAGAUCGUUAAGAACCGUCAUCAUGGCUACAUGAGGACCGUUCAUUCCCGAAACUGCAACCGGUGUGCUUUGAAGAGGACCGCUGAUGACCUGGGAAUCGGCAUCCACGAGUGGCCACUUUCUCCAAACGCGUCAGUUGCUCAGGCUACUAUCUUUGAAUCAAAGAUUCCGAAUCCAUACAGCGCGUGGAGAGACGCAUCAGUCUUUGUCAUAACCGAUGUUCUUGGUUGCAAAAGCAAUCACAUCGACAAGCCAAAACACUCGUACACCCUUAACGAUCAUCCUGACUUGAAUCACCUGCUCGACCCAGAAUCCCGGUCGAGGCGCAUUAUGCCAUUGUCAGAGGUAAAGCCUCAUUCGGUGACUCAUCGCAAGAUCAAGAAGGCAGUUCAGCACUUGCAAGAUGUCGAUGUAUGUCUCGAAAAUGGACUACGCUACAAGUAUUGUGACACUGUAACGGGUGCGUGGACUGCAGCGCAGACUCCAAGCGGAGAAUUACAACUAGCUUGCACGCAUCGGUUACCCCAUCGAUCUAAGGCUCUCGAACGUUUUCUGCAGAAGCCACCUUCGGCUCCAGAUGGCGUGCAGCCGAACGAGGUGAUAGCUAGCCUUUCAGAUUGUCCGCCACACUUGUCGUUAGAAGAAUACAAGGCUUUUGGUACUCUCUCGCAAGGUCGCAAUAUCUUCUACUCCAACAUACUCACGCAACUCGCUGCCCCGACAUUGGACUUUUCGAAAGUCGAGACGCAGUGUAUGGUGUUACAGACUGUCACCCAAGCCGGCCUUCCCAAUGAGACUGUAGAGCGCAUAAAUCACCACAUCCUCAAUGAUACGAUUUUUGGACUCGCCAUGCUCGAACGUCUCAAUAUUGCUACUCAGCGGGUGGAAGAGAACUGGGAGUCUUGGAGAGCGGUGGCCACUUUCAUCCAACUUGCUUGUCGUAUCACCAAUCUGACGACGUCCUCAGAAGUUCGCCAGCGUUCUUUGCAAUUUUUGCACAGAGCCCGAUGCAUCUCAAUUAUAUGGCUUCGUCGACUGAAGGCCAGAGCUGCUUCAUCUACGAACGAUGAGCAAAGGACUGAGCUAUUCUCCAGGGCGACAGAGAUCGCAUUGCUUGGCACAACCACAUUUGACGUCGAGAACGAGUUUGUCGACGUUGUUUUACAACAGCAAGACGCAUUAUCUUCGCUUCUACAAUUCUCCAUUGCUGUGAAAGAGAAUCAAGAUCUUGUUCCGGGCGUAGAGUGUCUGCAGGAAUCUGCAAUGCAGGCGUGGCGUGCGUUGAUGUAUCGCAUCUUCCCGAAACUACGCGACGCUAUCUCCCGCGAUUGCACAGGCGUGAAUGAAGCAGUAUCGCGGUGCUGGGCGGCCUUCCAACCUGCGACACUCGCCUCUUGGAGCAUUUACGAUGAGGUACACCAGCACUGGCUUUGCACGGUCUCCGGGACAUUACCAGUUCAUAUCAAUCUAUUGACGGGCGAACUUCUGGUCAACGGCUUGCCGCUCACACGCCUUCCAUCAGAAUAUCUGGCACACCCAAUGUAUAAACCGCUGUUCUCAGCAUCUGCCCUUGAGGUGGUUCCGACUGAUGAGCCUGGUAUGCGAUUCUCUGCUAAAUCAACAUACCACGACAAUAAGAUCCACUUUGGCAUGGUUGCUACAGAUAUGCUGGUCUUAGCUAUGAGCGCGGAGAAGAAAUUCGAUUUGAUACCACCACGUCUAUUCACAAAUCGGAUGCCUGUGGCUUUCGUGACAUCUUAUGUUCACUGGUACGACCAUGAGACUGGUCACAUCGUUUUUCGGCCGCGACACAGUCCUUGGCAACUGUCCAAUGUCCAGCAGUGGUGUCUUCAACGUCACGGCAGUUCAUGGCGCCUCGGAAAGAGUGCUCAAACCCUGAUCAAUAUGAAGAGCAAGGACGCCCGGAUGAUAUCAAUGCUGUUCAAGUCAUUGGAAGAUGAGCAGUUCAUCCACAUCUCGCACGAUACGGUGUCGCACUCGGUCAAAAUCGAGGUACCACGGCUCAAACUCGACUUUCAUAUCAACGAGGGCGAGAAUCAGAUUCAUUCGCGCCAGUAUCGAGGUCUGAUACUUGAUCAAGACCAAAGGAUUGGGACGUUGGUUGGCUUGACCAGCAAGCUGGUUCUACGUCGUGCCACUGCAGUAAAUGAUCGCCUUGUCCUCAUUCCGGAGGGUACUUUGAGCUAUCGAAAAAAUCUCACUCACCACGUAUCUGUGAGCAUCUCCAGACAAGAAGACACUCCUAUUCAUGCGUAUCAGAUAGACGCAACGCUAGGACGCGUAAUGGACAGUGGAGCAGUACAGAGCAAGCUGCUGCUAUGUCUGCUGCAUGCGUUAACAUCACACUGUCUAUGCGAUCCGCUCACACGCUAUACUGGAACCGAGUCGGCACUGAUCAUCCUGAGGUCGUCGGCUAUUCGGUCCUUCAGUGCACUUCUUCUCGAGAAUGUCGAGCUCCUAAAUAAGAUUGCAGCGUUGUCGCCAUCACGUACGUUCUAUCCGCCACACAAGCGAUUGAUGCAGCAAAUCGAAUGGGAUCCAGUCCUUCCAUCCGGAUCGCAGCAUAGUGACUUUCGUGUACUAGUCAACGAGAUUCUGGAUCAUGAAAAGAGGAUGUCGUUAUUCCACUCACAUGAUAUCUUUCAGAGUUUGAACCGCGGCGACACCGCCUGGAUGACUUCGACCAACCCUGAUCUGGAAGAGCGGGCCAACAUUCGUGCCUCCACCUUCCGUGUCGCUGGUUUUGGAGCUGAAAAAUUCACUUCUAGCUUUGAUACGAACUACGAAGCACGAGAUCGACAAGGAAAAUCUGAACGCGGCCGGAGGGCUUUUCUGGCUGCCUCUAUGCUUAUUCGAGAUCAGGUUUUGCUCGAUCAACCCAUCUCGCAGUUCAAAGUUUACCAUGAUCAUCUCCGAAAUUCAGAUGUCACAGGGCUCAUGACCGAUGAUUCGUCGGUUCUUCAAUAUGAUUCGAAGUGGCUAGGGUCACCUUCGCCUUUGAUACUAGGUCUUUGGUGCACGCUUCAUCAUCGUCUGGUUACAAAGUCCACAAUCGGCAACAAGUUCAAUGUUCUGGUCUGGUUAGCGACUAUGGCAUACGCUCCCAAAGCAGAUAUGGAUGUGAUACGAGCUUUUGUAGCAUUCUAUCGAUCGCCGCAGUUCGCCUGGCAUCAGAUUCCAGCAAAGCCGAAGUACCAUUUGUCCCAGGGCAGCAGUUUCCAGCUUUCUGAUGUGCAAGAUGCAGCCCGGCACAAUGUAAAGUCUUACGAGGACUCAUCUGAAGCUCAACUACCCAAGAAAGAAUCCGAAACAGACGACCAACACUUGAACCGAAUUGAAAGCCUCCACCGGGAUAGAAAGGAUACAGCUGUGCAGACGUUUGUCGCCAAUUUACAAGGCCAAUGGCCAUGUGAACAUCCUAAAACACCAUCUUCUGCACGAAUGAACGAGUACCUGGAUACUGACUGUGCUAUGCGCAACGUAAGAAAGUCAUUCGAAUCGUGGUACAACAACCAGACUUUCGAGCAGUACAUGAAGAAGAUUUCAGGCAUUCUUGAACGCUCACCCGCUGCGCCAAUCACAGAACCGCAAUUUGGUGCAUCGGCGCCUAAUGAAAAAGUGAAGCUCGCACCCGAUGGUUAUUACUGCAGCUUGUCAGCGAUCUUUGCUUCGACACCACCGAACGUUUCAAAGGAUGCAUCGAACGAGCAAGGUACCUCUCUGCUCAGCGUCCCACCCAGACCUGAACUACCUCAUGUUCCUAAUUCUUCUUCUUCAGCCGACACUGAAACAGAGGUUCGACUGCAGCAAUUUUGCGAGACUUUAGAGGUGUGUGCCAAAACCGUCUGUGAACAGCGCUAUGUUGAUGCUCUACGCGUCAGCUGUGCUUCACUCCGUAAGCACAAGGACGAUAUGGAAGUGCAGAGUAUCCCGGUAGACUCAGAAGCUCAAGAUACGAUCCGACGCUAUUUGUCGGAAUGCGAAGAGUUUUUCAACGCUUUCGAUCGCCAGCUGGGGCGAGUUCUUGUCACCGGGUCCACUCGCAGCAACGCAAUUGCAUCUUCCAUUCAGCACCUACCUCGCAUGACACCGUCAUUAUGGUUGACUCAACUCAAUCGCAACCACUAUGAUUUGCUUCCAACACCGUGGCCUGCCGUGAUAGUGGAGUUUGGCUUGUCGAUCACCAGCUUACAUCGAGCGCAGAGACUGGUAGCACUCUUGGACAAGCCCCUUGAGCUCAACGAAGAGCUGCAGCACAUCGGUCAUACAAACUGGAGCCCGAGCGAACAACCGGAAUUUCUGCUACUCGAAGCUGAAAGUGGUAUUCUGAUUCGUCCAGUGCAAGCCACGAUCGCGGCCCAAAUGAUGCACCCGCCAGGUGCUCAAAACACGGUGAUGCAGUUGAACAUGGGAGAGGGCAAGUCGUCCACAAUUGUUCCUACAGUUGCCGCAGCUUUGGCAGAUAGGAAGAGGCUGGUCAGAGUCAUAACGGCGAAACCACAGAGCAAACAGAUGCUAGAGAUGCUUGUCGCAAAAUUAGGAGGUCUACUAAAUCGUCGCAUUUACCAUCUGCCCUUUUCGAGAGACCUCCGAUUGAGAGAGGCUGACGCGCGAGCAAUCCUCGAGAUGUGUCAAGAAUGUAUGGCUUGCCGAGGAGUUCUCCUAGUUCAGCCAGAACAUAUUCUAUCGUUUAAGUUGAUGGGUAUCGAGUGUCUGCUCAGUGAGAAGCCAGGGGUGGCGCAACUGCUUCUCGACACUGAACGCUGGUUUGAGACUAAAUCCCGCGAUAUCGUCGACGAGAGCGAUGAGAAUUUCAGUGUAAGGUUCGAACUGAUCUACACCAUAGGUUCGCAACGCUCUAUUGGGUUUGCUCCUGACCGCUGGCUCCUUAUCCAAGAGAUUAUGGGAUUGAUUCCGAGGAUUGCUGUCCAUGUCAUGACCGUGUUGCCGCGCUCAGUCGAGGUUCAGCAUGAUACCGAUGGCAAAUUCCCUCGAGUGCGGAUACUGAACGAUGAAGGUGCCGACGCCAUCCUUGCUCUACUCACAGAGCACAUCAUCAAGAACGGUCUGACUGGACUUCCGAUUUGCAACCAACCGAGGGACACUCAAGAGGCUAUCCUACAGUAUAUCUCGAUCACCGAUUUAUCUACCAAGCAGAUUCAGGCUGUCGAGCUAAGCAGGUUCUGGACUGCCGCCACCAAAGAGCCACUACUACUUGUACGAGGCUUAAUUGCUGGAGGUGUGCUACGCUUUUCGUUAUCCCAAAAACGCUGGCGUGUCAACUACGGCCUGGAUCAUGCUCGUAUCCCAAGUACAUUACUCGCAGUUCCAUACAGAGCCAAGGACUCACCAUCACCUCGCUCGGAAUUCUCACACCCAGACGUUGUCAUUCUACUCACUCUCCUGAGUUACUAUUAUGGAGGCCUUCAAGAUGAGGAACUUUUCGAUGCGUUUCACCACCUACUGAAAUCUGAUCAGUCAACCAUCUACUAUGAAGAGUGGGUACGCACUGCAAGUAGUAAACUACCCACUGCGUUUCGACAGCUCUCAGGUAUCAGCAUCAAGGACCGUGUCAUGUGCAUAGAGCAAAUAUUCCCGCAUAUGAGAUGGUCCCGGGCUGUGGUGAACUAUUACCUUACCUUUCUUGUUUUUCCAAAGGCCAUGAAGGAGUUCCCUUCGAAAUUGUCUGCUUCAGGAUGGGACCUUGGGGCUGUCAAGACACACCCGACCACCGGCUUCAGUGGCACGAACGAUACUUUGCACGUACUACCCCUUGCAGUCAAGCACCUGGAUCUGCCAAGUCAGAGUCACACGAACGCAUUAGUUCUUGGGUAUCUACUAAAGCAGGAAACGUCAGUCGAGAAGCUACCACUGCGGUCUGAGGGGAGCGACGCUGAGCAUCUGCUCACUGUGAUCAAUAGCCUGAAACCUGAGAUUCGCGUCGUACUCGAUGUUGGCGCACAAAUCCUCGAGAUGGAUAAUACUCAAGUCGCUGAGUGUUGGCUAUCGAUGCGCAAGAACGAUCGAACCGAGGCGGUGGUAUUCUUCAAAAACGAAGAGCUCUCUGUUAUCGAUAUCAACGGGCGUAUUGAGCCUUUUCAGACAUCACCUUUUGCAAAGCAGCUUGACCGAUGCCUUAUCUAUCUCGACGAAGCACAUACCCGCGGGACAGAUCUUAAGCUCCCACGCGAUUACAGGGCUGCUGUAACCCUAGGAGCAGGUCUGACGAAAGAUAGGUUGGUGCAAGCAUGUAUGCGAUUGCGCAAACUUGGCAAAGGGCAGUCUGUCGUAUUCAUAGCCUCCCAGGAAGUCUGUACAAAGAUCUGUGAGCGAACAGAUCAGAAGCCUGAUGAACCAAUCACGGUAGUUAAUGUGCUAUGCUGGAGUAUUGGCGAAACCUGGCUCGAUCUGUCAAGGAGUAUGCCCCUCUGGGCUGUUCAGGGCGUUCGCUACGAGACACACAAGCAUCUUCUCAAUGGCGCAAACACAAAGCUUUCACAAGGCCGAAAGUUCCUCGAAGACGAGGCCCAGAGCAUUAAGGAUCGAUAUGCGCCCAGUCAAAUUAACACUGGCCAUUCCAUGCUACAGAAUCUGGAUGUCCCCAACAUCAAACUAAUACACGCACGUUGUCUUGAGUUUCAGGCAGUGGGGUUCAACUCGGCUACCUUACAAGAAGAGCAGGAACGCGAGCUGAGUCCUGAGAUCGAAGAGGAGCGUCAGAUCGAGCGCCCACAGAGGAUGACCGCUGCGGCCCACAAGGUCCAUGAGCAUGUCGAACACUUAGUACACACCGGAACACUGAUUCACGGGUCCCCAGCAUUCGAGCCUGCUUUUCAGGCACUUAAAUCGACCAGCGCAGCACUACACAGCGACUUAUCCCAGUUUCCGCGGCACCUUCUGGUCACUGCCGAUUUUAUUCGGACAGUCAAGAUUCCUCCCGGCUCCAACAUAGCAGAUUUUGUGUCAGACUCUUACCAAAGGCCUGUUCAAUGGGUGCUCUCGACUGUUGAUCCAGUUCGUCCCAACGAGAUCGAACACCUCGUUAUACUCAGCCCGUUUGAGGCUAACGAGUUACAAUCCACAAUCAUCAAGUACAAGAAAGUGACCUUGCAUCUUUAUGCACCAUGCUUUAAUGCCAGCUUUUCUCGACUCGACGACCUGCAGCUAUUCAACGUCGGUCGCAAUUUCGAGAACGGACGCGUACCGCAGUCGCUUACGGUUCAGCUGAACCUGUUCUCGGGCAGCCUCUAUCUUCGCGACUUCGCUGAGUAUGAAGCAGUCUGCGACUUUCUAGGUCUCCUGCGAGAUUCAGCUAGCCCUGGCCAGCAAGUCUAUGCCGACGGUUUCAUCGAUCCUCCGAGCGGAAAAUGGGGCCUGAAGACCUCCCCGGUGCAGUUCUUGCGAGCUCUGCUCAUGAAGAUCAGGAAAGAGGGCGAGGGUGUCGAGAAGACCCAUAUGGGCAGGUUGCUGGGUGGCGUUCGCCUGGAGAAAUGCGACUUCGGGCCCGAGGUUUCAGAACCUCCAGCUGGACCUGGUGCACCAGUGUCGAUGGUCGUCAGGUGAAAAGGAUGUGCAUUGCAGCUACGUUGGAACACCCGUUGACAUCUCUCAUCUAUGAGUUAAAAGUAAGACGGGUACGGAAAGAAAACAGGUUGGUGCGAAGUGUAGUUUAGCUGAGGCGUUUGAAAAUUUGAGAGCAAACGAAGGGAGGGUUGAACUCGACCCAGUCAAUGUCAG